GUGUGACACGUGACUAACUAUUAGUGAUUGCGUUAACAUUGAGUUCAUAUGAUAUGAAUAUCAAUACAUUAAUAGCAAUACAUUUGAUUCGACACUUGUUUUAGUGUUUUUGUCACACAUUUGACAAUAAUUUGUGUGAAGAUUAUCACCAUUUGGUCUCUAAUAUCAACUGUCAAUCCAUUGUUUACCAUUGAUUGACAACUCUAUCACUAUUUAUAUCGAUUAUUAUAAUUGCAAGACGUGUUGACAAAUGGGAAAACCAGGUUUGGACGACCGUCGGUCAGUUGGACGGGUCAGUGGUGGUGACGAGUGCUUCAAAUGUGGCAAAACUGGUCACUGGUCACGAAAUUGUCGCCUAAAUAAUAAUGAUGGCCAAUGUUACCGAUGUGGCCGAUACGGACAUUUUUCACGCGAUUGUCGCAGUCCUGGUCCUAACACGUGCUAUCGAUGCAAUAAAAAUGGUCACUUUGCGCGUGACUGUCAAAACUCUGAGCGCACUUGUUAUCAAUGCGGUAAAGAAGGACACGAAGCCAGGGAUUGCACUAAUAGUCCAAAUCGGACCAGAGAUGGCUGUUAUAAGUGUGGACAAGAAGGACAUAUGGCCAGAGAUUGUCCAGAUAUUCAACGAAACAACUGUUUCCGUUGCGGUCAAGAAGGACAUUACGCCAGAGAAUGUCCUAAUGAAGAAUCGGACCGAAAUAAUGACAACCAAACUGAUGAUCACAAUAAAGAUAACGAGGAUUCAGGAGAUCAGUCAAAGGAUUAGAUAAACUUUUUGUUCAUAAAUUAAUAUCUAAUUCAUAAUACAUUUGAAAUGCAUAUUUAAAA